CACUUUUAUAAGUUAUGGUCGUAUUUUCUCAAAUUCCUUAUGGCAUACUGGUUGCCAUUUCCUGCGUGAUGUUUGGUCUAGCAAACGCUGCCCCUUCACCAAUUGAUAGCAAGAAAUCUUCAGGAUCUGAUUCCAGCAAUAAUGAUUCAUCUGAAAAGAGCUUUACUCUGCCUCCGUUAAUUCCCAAUCGUGUCAUUCCUCCUCAUCUUCCUCAUUCUCCCAAUAACUUUGAUGUCGAGUCAGAGAACAUAGCAAGAAAUUUGCAGUGGUUUCAGCAGCAUGGUGGCAACAUGAACGUAACCAAGCGUGAAGACAAUACUGUAGGUGGCAUGACAUUAGAAGUUCCUGAAAAUGCUCCUCCAAUUCCUGGAGACAGUAAUGGAAUCAUAAAAGCUUCUUCUAGUCAAAUAAACUCAUAUAAAAAAUAUACUGCUCUUGCAAACAUUGCUUAUUGCGAAGGUGUAGUGCCUUUGACCAACUGGAUCUGUAAGCGUUGUUUGAACUAUGUUCCAGAUGGUAAAAUAAUCAAAACAUUUACUUCUUAUACAUAUGAUAUCAAUGGGUACAUAUUGAGAAGUGAUGCUGAAAAGACAAUCUAUCUUGCUUUUCGUGGUACAAAAUCGUUCAAGAACGCCGUUGCUGAUUUACAGUUUGUUCUUAAAACAUACCCUAAUGUGAAAGGUGCAAAGGUCCACGAAGGUUUCUUGGAAGCUUAUAAUGAAGUCAUUGCCAGUUUUUUUCCCACCAUGCUUGAUCAAAUUACUGCUUUUCCAAAAUACAAAGUUGUUAUUCUUGGACAUUCACUUGGAGGUGCUCAAGCUUUGCUUGCUGGAAUUGAUCUCUAUCAACGAGAUGUCAGAUUUUCUCCAGAUAACAUGAGCAUUGUUACCGCAGGCUGUCCUCGUGUUGGCAACCCUACAUUUGCACAAUAUUUCAAUUCGAUUCGAGUUCCUUUCACUCGUAUUGUUAACAAAAGAGAUAUUGUACCUCAUUUGCCUCCUCAAUCUUUCGGUUUUCUUCAUCCUGGUAUUGAAGUAUGGAUCAAGUCAACAAACAAUAUCCAAAUUUGCGAGCAAAACACUGAAAGUAAAAAGUGUUCCAACUCAAUUGUUCCUUUUACUUCUAUUUACGAUCAUACUCAUUAUUUCUAUACAAACGAGAGCGAUAAAUCUUGCUCUUAGUGCUUCUUUGAACAAAAGUUUCUGUUUCUUGAUUUCGUAUUGUUUUGCUUCUUCAUAGAAUUACUUUUAGACCUCUUGUAUAUUAACUGAAUAAAAUCUUGCUUUUAUCUUUAAAAUAAAAGAAAAGAGAUCUGAUAUGCUUUUGAAAAAAA